CUAGUGCUGAUAUCCUACUUUCUGAAAAGGACACAUUUAGUUCCUGCCCUCUCUCGCAGACGGCAAUUCUGGAACUCUGAGGUCUGUCCAUAUUGUUUCUUCUCUCAUCGCUCAACAGGACUACAGGUUCAGACUGACACCCAGAGCUAAGGCAUUCUCUGUUGCCUUGAGGCUAUUGGAUAAUACCAGACAUGGAUAAAGAAAAUCCAGAAGCAGUACAAAGCCCACCAGAACGGAACAUCGAGGUGGUCCCACCUAAAGAGCCAAAAUGGCAGAAGCCCUCCAAUAACAUUCUUAUCUAUUUGAUUGACAGGCAGCUGGGGAGACCCAGAAAUGAUAUGGAUUUGUUUGAGUGGGCUUGGACACUAAAAUGAAGUGUCACCUCCAGAAUAGAGUGGCCAAAAUUCAUGUUUAUGUAUAGGUGAAACACAUGUUUUAAAAACAAGUAAAAUAACUAGCCACUCUCAUGUUUGAUCCAUUAAAUGAGUCUUUAUUGCAA